AGAUGAGGAAGUUCACUGGUUGCCUUUGCUUCCUUGCUGGCAUUGGUCUAAGCAACUCUAAGGAGACUUCCUCAUAUGACUAAUAGGAGUACAAACAGGCUCUGUGUCAGCGUGCCUCAGGUGGCUCACUCACGCACAGGCUGUCUGCCAGACAAGCAGGCUGAAGCGCCUUCUAACCGCCACUCACUGCUGUAAGUUCAGAGAGCGAGCGAUUGGCACACAACACAGAAUAUCUAGAGCUCGUUCAGCUGCAAAGAUCCAGAGGAUGCCUCACCGCACCCCCCUGCCUUUCUGCACCUGUCAGAUCUUCCAUAACUGAAGCGGUUGCUAUGGAAACCAUGAUGAGGUGAUAGAUAAGGGAGAGAAAGUUGGAUUCCCCAAACACACAGAGCCCAAGCCGGUAGCUUAAAGGGGACACUAGGCCACUUAGAGACACCGACGAGAGGAGGCCACACUGAGAGACACCAGCAGCAUGGACAAGCACCAUGGUAAAGUGGAGCGUUUCCUAAAGCUGGGCUACUCCCACAGGGACAUUACACGCGUGUUGGAGAGCCUGCACCAGGACGCCCAAACGAACGACAUCUUAGAGGAGCUGAUCAAGACCUGCCACACCACCACAGUCCCAACCACCACACUUGCCAGCCGCUCGGGCCCCUCCAAUCCAAAGCUGGUCCCCCGGGGCUGCGGGUCGCCCCAGCCCAGCCACAGCAUCGACUCCGAUCCCACAGCGGGAUUCCGACCCGUGGUCAUUGAUGGAAGCAAUGUGGCCAUGAGCCAUGGCAACAAGCAAGUGUUUUCGUGCCGAGGGCUUCUGCUGGCGGUCAGGUGGUUCCUGGAGCGCGGUAUCCAGGACAUCACCGUGUUCGUGCCCCUGUGGAGGAAGGAGCAGCCCCGUCCUGAGGCCCCCAUGACAGAUCAGCACAUCCUCCAUGAGCUGGAGAAGAGGAAGAUCCUGGUUUAUACCCCGUCGCGAUGUGUCAACGGAAAGAGGGUGGUUUGCUACGACGACCGCUACAUCAUUAAACUGGCCUACGAGUCAGACGGAAUCGUUGUAUCCAACGACAACUAUAGAGACUUGCAGAUAGAAAAGCCGGAGUGGAAGAAGUUCAUUGAGGAAAGGCUGCUGAUGUACAGCUUCGCCAACGACAAGUUCAUGCCUCCAGAUGAUCCUUUGGGAAGGAAUGGCCCGACAAUUGACAACUUCUUGAGGAAAAAGCUGUGGACCCCAGAAAACAAGCAGCAUUGCCCAUAUGGAAAGAAGUGUACUUACGGCAUGAAGUGCAAGUUCUACCACCCAGAGCGUUCCAACCAAUCACAGCUCUCCGUGGCAGACGAGCUGCGAGCCAAGAGCAAGCCCACCGUUCAGACCGAGGGUGAGUGGCCAGGCACCACCGCCGGCCAAAGACUCAGCCGGGAGGCCGGCGUCCACACAGGCCGCUGUGAGCCGGACCCUGCCGCGCCUCAUCUGUACAGACAUCCGUCCACGCCGCCUCCCCUUCGCAAAGACCACCGUUCCCACUGUAGGGCUCCUUCCGGUGAUCAGUGCGUGGGCCACAGAGAUGAAACGGGCAGCCCGGUUCUACGCAUUCCCAGCCUCUGCCCCAGCCCCAGCCCAGACGCCGAUGAAGCCUUCUGCUCCUUGGAAGCAUCCCUGCCUGUGUCACUCUCCAGACUCUACAUCCAGGACCAGACCAAGAGCACCAAUGGGCCGACGGUGUCCCAUGCCUACAGCAGUGGGGUAGCUGGCUGCAGUCAGACCAGUGGGGACUACUACCCCUCCAGCACUUACAGUAGCAACACGCAGAGGCUCAGCGCAGGUGGCCUCUCAGGGGACCCCUACGUCCCCCAGAGACUGCCGCAGUUUGGCCGUGAUGACUCACCGAGCUGCGAGUGCAGGCAGUGCCCGUACGGCCAGCACCUGGGCUCUUGCUCCACUCACAGUAACCCGGUCCAUUUCACUGAGUCACAGUACUUCCAGGAUCCCAAUCCACAACGACAGAGCCACAGCCUUCCAGACUGUAGCCUGGGACGGGUCUACCCUGGUGGUAAUGCGGUGCUGACCAGGUCCAGCGGUGGUAAAGCCUCAGACAGUGAGCAGAGGAGGAGUGUGAAGAACCAGCUCAGUACCCUGUUUCCUCCCAGCAUCGUGGACUAUGUAAUGAACGUGUAUCCACACACACUUAACUUGACAGAGCUGGUUCCUCUGAUCCAGAGGUUCAGAACCAGCCAUGUUCCCUUCUAAUGUGCGAGGCCUUUGUAAGCAUUACAUGUUGGUUUUUCCUCAACAGAUUAGAGAAAGUUUAAAAUGCGAAUUUCUUACGUGGAGAUGUGCAAUGUACCAUCUCCUGAAUGAUGCUAGUCAAUGUUUUUGUCUGGCAUUAACUUAAAGAUAAUCAAAGCACCACGUGUUGUUUUAUAAUGUAGCCUCAAACUGAGGAAGCUGUUUUACCUGUAUGGUAUGCAAAAUAAUGUUUUUGUAUGUUUCUUAUUAAAACAUUGUUAAUUGUU